AUGGCGGAGCCGCCGCCCGGAGCCGCCGCACCGCGGGGCCGCGGCCGGGCCUGGGAGCGCGGCGGCUCCGCGCACAAUGAUGAGGACGGCACGGAGCCCUCCGGCCCCGCUUACAACGGUUCUGGCACGGAGCCCUCCGGGCUCGCUCACAACGGCUCGGACGCGGAGCCCCCUGGCCGCGCUUUGAACGGUCUGGGCACGGAUGCCGCCGGCCCCAUUCACAACGGCUCGGACACGGAGCCCCUCGGUCCCGCUGAGGACGGGCCGGGCACGGAGCCCCCCGGCCCGCAGGACGACACGGAGCCUCUCGGUCCCGCUGAGGACGGGCCGGGCACGGAGCCCCCCGGCCCGCAGGACGACACGGAGCCUCUCGGUCCCGCUGGGGACGGGCCGGGCACGGAGCCGCCCAGCCCGCAGGAGGACGCGGCUCCCCCGGCGGGGCCGGAGCUGUCGCUGGUGCCGCCGGAGCUCCGCGCGCGGCUGCUGGACCGGCGGGACUACCGCGGCCGUGCGCAGGCCGUGGAGCAGCUGCGGCGGGCGGUGGAGAGCUGCAGCCCCGCCGCGCUGGGCUCCGCUCCCGCCGCCGCGCUGCUGGGGCUGAUCGCGCUGCUGGACGCGCUGCUGCACGACCCCAACUUCGCGGUGGCGCGGGGCGCUCUGGAGGUGACCCGGCUGCUGGCGCUGCGCCUCGGCCGCCGCGUCCCGAGCGUGCUGGCCCCGCUGGUGUGCGCGGCCGCGCGGGCUCUGGGCGACGCGCAGCCGGCCAUGCGCCGGGACAGCGGGCGGCUGCUGCUGCGGCUGAUGGAGGCGGCCGGGCCGCGGCCCGUGCUGCGCCUGCUGCUGCAGGAGCGGCUGCUGCGGCACCGCAGCGCCCGGCUCCGCGAGGAGCUGCUGCACACGUGCAUCGCCGCGCUGCUCACCUACCCCGCCGCCGAGCUGGACCUGCCCCAGCUGGCGGCCGCCCUGGCGCCGGCGCUGCUGGACGCCAAGCGCAGGGUCCGGCACGCUGCCAUGGAGGCGCUGGCCGCGCUGGGCUCGGCGCUGGGCCCCGGCGGCAGCGCUGCGCUGCUCCGCGCCCUGCACGCCGUGGAGCUGCGGGCCGGCGGAGCGGGGGUGGUGCACGCCGUGCAGGCCCGCCUGGCCAGGAAGGUGCUGCCCAGGCUGGGCGAGCAGGGGCUCGUGGAGUACGGCGUGCCCUUGCUGCCCUCCUCCGGGCCGUGCCAGCCUCCCGGAGCCGACACGGAGUGGCUGCUGAUGGGCAGCAGGAGCCGGAGCGCGCACGGGCACUGCGGGCACCCCGCCCUGCACGGCCCCGCCUGUGCCCAGCGGGGAAUGAGCCCCAGGAGAGUCCUGAGUGCCGGCAGAGGCAAAAACAAGCUGCCCUGGGAGAGCGAGCUGCCCGCCGGCAGGGAAGGCAGCUCGGCAGUGAGAGUGCCUGUCACCAAGGCUGUGGAGCAGCUGGCUGCAAGCAAUGAUUUCCUUCACUCCCCAAAGCUGCAGAGAAUCCCAGGCAGUGAGGAUUUGUUCUCCAGCAGGAGCAGAGCUCCCAGGACUCUGCUGGAGCUGAACUCAGAGCAUUCUGCCCUCGCUGCUGGUGCUCUGGGCUCCCAUCAGCCCCAGAUCUCAGGGAGAUGUGGGACACUCGGAUACCCACAGGCUCGUGGGAGGAGUGGCAGUGUGGGCUCUGAUUUGCAGCUUUUGGGAUUAAAUAAUUGUCAGCAGGACAAAGUUUGUUCCAGCCUCAGUUUUUCCAGCAAGACCCAGAGAAGUUUUUGCACUCAGGCAGAGCCCAUCAUGUCCUUCCAAGGUCCCAGUGCCAGCCAGGGCACCUUCAUCCUGCCCUCCUUCCCCCUGUCAUCCCCCAGGAACAGCCCCAAGCACCUCUCCUCUCCUGCUGCCUCUCCAGGGGAGUCCCAGGAGGGUCCCAGGAGCCUCUCCAGCUCCUGGCCUCUCAAGAGCUUCGAGGGGCUGCCUAAGCCUGGCUGCCAGAAGCAGCUGCUCAGCCAAAAACCAGGAGACAACACAGGGGACAGCCUGCUGGAGAAGCAUUCCCUGCAGCUGGACAAGGCACCUCUGCAUCUGGAGAAGCCCUCUGUGCAGCUGGAGAAGCAUUCCCUACAGCUGGAGAGACAUUCCCUGCAGCUGGAGAAGCCCCCUCUGCAGCUGGAGAGACAUUCCCUGCAGCUAGAGAAGCAUUCCCUGCAGCUGGAGAAGCCCCCCCUGCAGCUGGAGAAACCACCUCUGCAGCUAGAGAAGCAUUCCUUGCAGCUGGAGAAACCUCCUAUGCAGCUGGAGAGACAUUCCCUGCAGCUGGAGAAGCCCCCCCUGCAGCUAGAGAAGCAUUCCUUGCAGCUGGAGAAGCCCCCCCUGCAGCUGGAGAAGCCCCCCCUGCAGCUGAGGAGCCUGGGCAGGGCCCCGGGGGGGCUGAGGGGGGCCCGGCCCGUGCCCCCCAUCCCGCGCCUGCCCAGCCCCCGGGAGCCCCCUGGCAGCAGGGAGGGCUCAGAGCUGGCAGCAGGGCUGGCCCAGCUGCACCUGCAGCCCGAGGACCAGCAGGAGAUGCAGAAUUCCCUGAGGUCCCUGCGGAACAGCGCAGCCAAGAAGAGGGCAAGGCUGAGCAGCAGCAUGGCCGAGCUGGAGAGCCCCGACUCUGCCGUGAAAUUGGAAUUUAGCGGGGACUGCCCCUCGCAGGGAUCCUCCCCCGGCACCGCCUCCACCGCCGAGAGCGGCAUCUCCAGCCAGGAGUCCCCAGGAUCCCCCGGGCUGCCCAGGAGCAGAGUGAUGUCAGACACUUUCCCAGCACUUGGCAGCAAAUCCCACCCUGCAAAAGAAUCUCCAGCAAGGCCCAGAGACACAGAGGGGGCAGAGCAUCCCCCCAGCACAGGCCCUGCAGAGUCAGUGCCUGCUUUUGCUCUGAAGAACGAGCUGGGUUUCACAUCUGAAGACGUUGUUGUUGUUGGCAAAGGUGUUUUUGGGAGCCCUCCUGGCCCAGCUGGCAGCCAGUCCAUGCCCUGUGUGCCCAAUGGGGAUGCCCAGGCUGCCGGGGAUGGAGCUGAGGCAGCCCCAGGGAGGAGCUUCCAGCAGAGCAGCACUUCCCAUUGGCGCUGCCCUGCAGGGAGGGAAGGAGAGAUAAAAGUGACCUUGUCAAAAUCUGCUCAGGAGAAGCUGAGGAGGAAGAGGAAAGAAGACAAAGAACACAACCACAAGGAGCAGCAGGAAGGCAAAGCCUUGGAAGGGAAUGAGGAAUUCCCUUGGGAAAGGAUUAGACUGAGUGUGAGCGAGCCAGAGAAGCUGACAGCAGAAAGGUUUAAUCUCUGUGGGGAUUUAUUGACAUCGCCAAGGAAUGGAUCUUUGUCCUUAGAAAACGUGGCCUUGAACCCUUCCCUGAAAAGAACAUCCAGUCUGAAGAGAUCAAAGUGUCCAUCCUUCCUAGAUUCUGAGGUGACGCAGAGCCCCGAGGUGCUGGACCCUGGUGAGCUGCAGCCCUUCCCCAGGCCCGAGCUGGCGCUGGCAGAGGCGCUGGCACUGCUGGCUGACCACGACUGGGAGAAGAAAAUUGAAGGUCUGAACUUUGUCAGGUGCUUGUCUGCUUACCAUGGCCCUGUUCUGACUGCAAAGCUCCAUGAAACAACUCUGGCUGUGGCUCAAGAGGUCAAGAAUUUACGCUCAGGUGUUUCUCGAGCUGCUGUGGUCUGUUUAGGGGAUUUGUUCACCCACCUGAAAAAGAGCAUGGAUCAAGAACUAGAUAAUGCAGUAAAAGUCCUUUUGCACAAAGCUGGGGAAUCCAACACUUUUAUAAGGGAAGAGGUAGACAAGGCACUGAAGGCCAUGGUUAAUAAUGUGACUCCAGCACGUGCACUUUGUUCUCUUAUAAAUGGAGGGCAAAGCCACCUGCACUCUGCCGUGAGGAGAUGCACAGCCCAGCACCUGGGGGACCUCGCGCAGCGCCUGGGCCCCGAGCGCGUCCUGGCCCGGCCCGUGGCCGAGCGGCUGCUCCCGGCCCUCGCCAGGUUUGUGCAGGACAGCUCCCAGCAGACACGGUACCACGGGAGGAGGAUGCUCUUCAGCAUGUUGGCUCACCCUGACUUGGAUAAAACUCUGGAGAAGUUUGUGCCACCCAAGGAUUUGGCUUACAUUAAGGAAACUGUUGGCAGCCUGAGAGAGAAGGGCCUGGGGGAGAUGCCCUUGGAUACACCCUCAGCUAAAGGGAGGCGUUCCCAGACUGGAAAUGUUGGACAUUUGAGGUCAUCCUCUACUUGCAGAGAUGCUCCCAUCAUCCCAGACAGGGACAGCACAGAGGCCCAGGAAGCCCCCAGGAGAGCAGCUCCUCGCAGUGCCCUGGACAGUGAGGAGUAUGUCAGGGAGCUGGUGGGCUCACUGAACGCCAGAGAUUUCCGGGAGCGCAUGGGCGGCGUGCGGCAGCUGCAGCAGGACACGGAGAGCAGCCCGGCCCUGGUGCUCAGCAACAUCCUCAGGAUCUUUGAUGCUUUCAAGCCUCGCUUACACGACUCCAACAGCAAAGUGAACCAGGUGGCUUUGGAGGCCCUGCACAAGAUGAUUCCACUGCUCAAAGACAAUUUGUCACCUGUGAUCAACAUGUUAAUUCCUGCCAUCGUGGACAACAACCUCAACUCCAAAAAUCCAGGGAUUUACGCAGCUGCCACAAACGUUAUCCAGGCUCUGUGUCAACACUUAGACACCUCCCUGCUCCUGCAGCCAUUCUGCACAAAAGCCCAGUUCCUGAGUGGGAAAGCAAAGCAGGACCUGACAGAAAAACUGGCUGAGCUGGUUCUGGAUCUGUACCCUCGGAAGCCCUGUGCUGUGGAGCAGAAGGUGCUGCCCGUGCUGUGGCACCUGCUGGGCAGCUCGGCCAGCAGCGGCUCCGUGCCCACGGCCAGCCUGGCCCAGGCCCUGUGGGCACAGAUGGGUCCUGGGCUGCUGGCCCACGCUGCAGCACAGCCCCCACACAUCAGGAAGAAGCUGGAGGAGCUUUUGGAGACGGGAACGUAGAAUGGCCGUGCCUCAGGUGAAGCUCCAGCGCCGCCCGAGCCGGGCACAGCGUGGACAGCGCGGGCAGGGACAGCCCCGGUGCUGGCCUGAGGGGCUGUGGGGACAGCCCCG